GCAAAGGUCAGUGGCCCGGUGCGGCAUGCCCUCCGGAUGCGAAGCCGCUGCCCGGGCUGAAGCCCGGGGAUUGGAUUUGCCCAGCCUGUGGUCAGAAUUGUUUCGCCUCGAAGUUCACUUGCCCGAAGUGUGGCAGGCCAAAGAGGGGCGAAGAGACCGAUGUCUACGUCUCAGAGCACGGCCGGAUCCAUCCCGACAUCCAGGAGCUCUGUGACGAGUUUUACAUCGAGACGCGCCACAUCGAAAAGUUGAACGAGCUCAUGAAAGACAGACAUGACACCUGGGUGGAGGACUUGAAGAAGUUGAAAGAGAUCAUGGAAGAGGCUCGAUCUCCGUGCGGUAUGCUCGUCGUGAAGAUGAAAGAGAUGGAAGAUGGAACUUUUGUGGCGAUCAACCGCGACAAGAGGAUGCAGCACCUCAAGGAGAAGUUCAAGCUCGACCGCAUCGCGGAGACGCGCUUGUCAGACAUCCUGGCACGUUGCUCCGACGAGAAGAAGGACGAAUACUACCACGACCUCGAGAG